AUGGCUUCCAAAAUCACUCCCAACGACCCUCGGGUCACCUACAAAACCGCCAAUCUCAACGGGGUGACUUAUAGUUAUAUACUCGCCGAGCCUGAAGGGCAGCCCAUUAACACCAUCUUCCUUAUCCAUGGUUGGCCAGACCUGUCGUUCGGAUGGCGAUAUCAAAUCCCGUUUCUCACCUCACUUGGUCUCCGUGUCGUAGUACCAGACAUGCUGGGGUAUGGCGGCACUGACGCUCCUGAGUCGCCUGCCCGAUAUACCUUCAAGAAUGUCGCUGAUGACAUGGCUGCUCUUGCCGAGCUGCUCGGCCUCUCCAGCAUCAUUCUUGGGGGUCACGACUGGGGAGGAAUGGUGGUUUACCGUAUCGCCCUCCACUACCCCAGCCUUGUUUCCGCCCUUUUCAACGUAUGCACCCCGUUUGUGCCUCUUCGCAAGACAUACCGCUCCAUGACAGUGGCGCCAAACUUCAAAUAUCAAAUCCAGCUGGCAGGACCCGACGUCGAAAGCAACAUUGUUGGGGAGGAGAAGAUCCGUCAGCUUUUGGCAUCUGUCUAUGGUGGCAGAACUCCAGCGGGGGAGCCGGGUUUUGACACUGGGCAUGGCGCUUAUUUUGAAAGGUUGGGGGAUAUUGGUUCCUCACCUCUUUUGAGCAAGGAGGAGCUCGACUUCUAUGCGAAGCGGUAUGCUAUUCAUGGCAUGCAUGGACCGCUGAAUUGGUAUCGUACAGCAGAGUUGAACUUCGAGGAUGAGAAGGGCCUAGCUGAGACCAUGGAAACCUUCAAGUUCGACAUGCCUGUAUUGUUCAUUUCAGCCACAAGGGACGCAGCGUUGCCACCGGCGCUGAGCACUGGCAUGGACAAGUUUUUCAGGAGUUUAACUAGAGGAGAAGUCGAUGCCGACCAUUGGGCACUCUGGGAGAAGCCGAACGAGGUGAAUCAGUACAUUCAAGAAUUUCUGUUCGGUAACGCCAGGACGGCUAAAGCCAACCUUUGA